UGAUUCAUUUGGUUGGCUGUACUGCCACGAAAGCAAUUUUUUAAAUGACAGUUGACGGGAACGCCAUAAUAUAAAUUGUCAUACAUUCUUUGUGAUUUACUUGUAAUUACAUGGUUCAAAGAUUUCAUUAGCUAAGCAUCAAUAUGACCGACAAAACCCCACCGGAAGAAGGAACCAUUUCCUUAAUUGAUAACUCUUUGGUGGUAGAUAUCUCAGAUGCUCUCAGUGAGAAAGAUAAAGUUAAAUUUACAGUCCACACAAGAACAACUAUGAAAAGAUUUCAGAAAUCUGAAUUCCUGGUUGUUCGUCAACAUGAAGAAUUUAUUUGGUUACAUGAUAGAUAUGAAGAGGAACCCAAAUAUGCAGGGUACAUUAUUCCUCCGCCACCACCCCGUCCAAAUUUCGAUGCGUCUCGCGAGAAACUACAACGACUUGGAGAAGGUGAAGGUACCAUGACCAAAGAAGAAUUUGUUAAAAUGAAACAAGAACUCGAAGCUGAAUACCUAGCCACUUUCAAAAAGACGGUGGCGAUGCACGAAGUGUUCCUAACUCGCCUCGCUAGUCACUCGAUCUUUCGCGAGGAUCCCCAUCUUCAUGUGUUCCUCGAGUACGAUCAAGAUCUGUGCGCGAGACCCAAAGGGAAACUUCAACAGUUGGGUGGUUUAGUCAAAUCAAUAGGUACUACAACUGACCAGUACUAUUUGAAUGCCACUGUUCGCGAUGUCAACGAUUUCUUUGAGCAACAGAUGAACUCUUUAACAGAAUACCAUGGGCAACUGAAGGAAGCCACUUUACGCACUGACAAGAUGACUGAAAAACACAAAGAAUUAGCAGAUAGCUACAUUAAAAUAUCUGGGGGCCUAGUACAGUUGGCUACCAGUGAUAAUUCGCCUCUAAAUAAAUAUCUGGCCAAAGUAGCAGAUGUUUUUGAAAAAGCAAGGAAAAUUGAAAGCCGAGUUGCCAGCGAUCAAGAUCUCAAACUUGCAGACACCUUGAGAUACUAUAUGAGAGACAGUCAAGCUGCGAGAGCUUUACUUGUAAGACGUUUGAAAUGUCUGGCCAAUUAUGAGAAUGCGAACAGAGCAUUAGAGAAAGCCAGACACAAAAACAAAGAUAUACAUGCGGCGGAAAUGGCUCAGUCGGCGGCCUGUGAACAAUUUGAAUCUAUAUCAGCUCAAGCAAAAGAGGAACUUUUGGAUUUCAAAACUAGAAGAUUAUAUGCAUUUAGGAAGAGUUUGAUAGAAUUAGCAGAGUUGGAAGUAAAGCAUGCCAGGACACAACAAGAUUUACUAAGAAAAUCAUUACAAGGAUUGAAGGAACUACUUUAAGGGAACUAAUUUUUUAAGUAUACUAUUUCGUUUAAUACAUUCCUGUUUUAUCAAUUUUUAUAUAUGAAGGAAUGUUAUUAUUAAUGUUAUUUUCACAAAAAUUAAAAAAAAUGUAUAGUUUUGAUUAUAACAUAUUAAAGUAUAUAUGAGAUAUUAUGUAUCGUAUCCGUUGUUUAUAUUUGAAUAAAUAUAUAAAAUUUUCGUAACCA